AUGUAUGAUAACGACACAAACAGAGACUCUUCUAAAUACCCUGUCCAUAAGCACACAGUGGAAACUACCAUGUAUGAUAACGACACAAACAGAGACUCUUCUAAAUACCCUGUCCAUAAGCACACAGUGGAAGCUACCAUAUACACGAAGAUAAUCGCGUCGAGUAAAAUAAUUCCGAAGCUGGAGGAGGAGUCGUCGUCUAAGAAACGGAUGUGUUUGUACGCAAGUCCAGACGAGUUCACUGACGUCGUUCUAGAAGUGCAGGACCACAAGUUCUACUUCUACAGGUUGUUGCUGUGUCGCGCGUCCCCGGUCUUCAAAGCCAUGCUGCACUCGGACUUCAAGGAGAAGGACACAGGCACGAUUCUCCUGCACCACAGACCCUUCCAGGACAUCUACGACAUGCUGAGGUUCCUAGACCCAGAGGUGAAUUUCAUCAUCGACAUCAGGGCAGCUUUUCGUCUAAUUCCGGUGGCCGACGAAUUUGGCGUCACCCGUCUGCGAGACGUGUGCGUCAACUACCUGCUGCAGCACAUGGACCAUGUGUCCACCGCCAGCGACAUCAUGAACUGCAUCUUCGUGGCUGAGCGCCACCACCACCCGAGUCUGAUGAAGGCCGCCAUAGGCCGGGCCUCUCGCUUCAGCUCGGCGCCGUACCAUUUCCACAUCUCCAAGCUGAAGGCCACGGAGUUCUACCAGCAGCUACAGCCGUCCACCGUCAUCGAGCUGCUCGAGACCAAGCUGAUGGACUACCGCUCGUACAACUGA